AUGGAAACCAUGACAUUUAUUAUGUUCAGUGAUUUGAUUUCAUCUCGACUGAGAAGAUAGAGCAGUUUGGUGUUGCCCUUACUUUCCUUUAGACUUUACUUGUGAGCCGGAAGUCAGUGGCUUGAUCAUAUUUCGCCUCGCUUUACCCAUGAUGUUUAUGGUAUUUCCCUCGCCUUUUCCCUACAGUAGUCGCUUGACCGUUAACGGGACGAAGUUUUUGUCAGCGCGUGCAUCCUCAACAUCAUCUUCAGACAGUUUCUCAAGGAGAAAAUAUGAUGCAGCUAGGGAUGCGAGCGCAUGCGGUAACUCUAAAUGCCAACUCGGUGAUACUCUCUAGCUUUAUGCUUUCCUCAUAAGUGAGAUGGAAGGAUAAGGUAAAGCAGAAGGCAAGUAGUAAGGGCGCCCGAAUGUGAGGUCGAGAUGAGUUUACGCACAUUCUAAGUUGACCGGCUGCGAUUUUGGAGAUGGCGUCGCAGCACUUGAGACGAAUCCGCUGCGUCUCUCAUUGGGGAUGAACGAAGAACCGGAUCGAGGCGUUGAGAUUAAGGCGAUCGUAAGCACAUCUUUUAGGCAGCACCUUUUAAAUUUCGAACCUUUUCA